UGUAUGUCGCACUAGAUCAGCCAAUUAGCCUGAGUUAUUGAGCAAAAUCAACUAUCAUCGCAAAUCGCCAUGUCCUCCCUGUCUCCUCCACCGGUUCCGAUGGAGCUCCACGCCGUGAACCGGCGGAAGCUCUUCGAUUCACUACGCCGUCACUUGUCUAGCACCGAUCGCCCUCUUGAUGGAUUCGUUUUACUUCAGGGAGGCGAAGAGAAGAACCGGUACUGCACUGAUCACGCCGAGCUCUUCAGGCAGGAGAGCUAUUUUGCUUACUUGUUUGGAGUCAGAGAGCCUGAUUUCUAUGGAGCUAUUGACAUUGGAAGUGGGAAGUCUAUCCUUUUUAUUCCAAGGUUGCCUGAUGAUUAUGCUGUCUGGUUAGGGGAGAUAAAGCCAUUGUCUCACUUUAAGGAAACAUAUAUGGUUGACAUGGUUUGCUAUGUUGAUGAGAUUAUCCAAGUCUUGAGUGAACAAUUUAAGGGAUCUGGAAAGCCCCUGUUGUAUCUUUUGCAUGGUCUUAACACCGACAGUGGAAACUUAUCCAAACCUGCCAGCUUUGAGGGGAUUGAAAAGUUUGAGACUGAUUUGACUACUUUGCAUCCUAUUUUGGCGGAAUGUCGAGUUAUCAAGUCAAGUUUGGAGCUUCAACUACUGCAAUUUGCAAAUGAUAUAAGUUCUGAAGCUCAUGUAGAGGUUAUGAGAAAAGUCACACCUGGCAUGAAAGAAUAUCAGAUGGAAAGUAUGUUUUUGCAUCAUACGUACAUGUACGGUGGCUGUAGGCACUGCUCGUACACAUGCAUCUGCGCGACAGGGGAUAAUAGUGCUGUUCUUCAUUAUGGGCACGCUGCAGCUCCAAAUGAUAGGACUUUUGAAGAUGGAGAUUUGGCAUUGCUUGAUAUGGGUGGUGAAUACCAUUUUUAUGCGUCUGACAUAACAUGCUCAUUCCCCGUCAAUGGUAAAUUUACAAGUGACCAGAGUCUAAUCUACAAUGCUGUUCUGAAAGCACAUAAUUCUGUAAUCUCUGCGAUGAAGCCAGGAGUAAACUGGGUGGAUAUGCACAAGUUAGCAGAAAGAAUCAUCCUUGAGUCACUGAAGAAGGGGUCCAUCCUCACUGGAGAUGUAGAAGAGAUGAUGUUAGAACGCUUCGGAGCUGUUUUCAUGCCUCAUGGACUAGGUCAUUUCAUGGGCAUUGACACACACGACACCGGUGGUUACCCAUUGGGAGUAGAAAGACCAAAGGAACCGGGACUGAAGUCAUUACGCACUGCAAGAGAUCUCCUUGAAGGAAUGGUAAUAACGGUGGAGCCAGGAUGCUACUUCAUCAAGGCAUUGCUAGUCCCAGCCAUGGAAAACGCAAAAACUUCCAAGUUCUUCAACCGUGAAACAAUAGAGAGAUUCAAGAACAUAGGAGGUGUCAGAAUCGAAAGCGAUUUGGUCGUUACUGCGAAUGGCUGCAAGAACAUGACGAAUGUUCCAAGGGAGACGUGGGAGAUCGAAGCUGUGAUGGCUGGAGGGUCUUGGCCUCCCGUCACUACAGGAAACAAUACUACAAACUGAUCUUAACUUAUGGAAAUUUAUAAAAAAAACUGGUUUAGAAACUCAAUAAUGAAACCCCCUUUAUAUAAUGGGGAAUAAGAAUCUGAGAACUAUUGGCUACUCUUGUUUA